CAAAACACAAUACGCUAGUGCCGAAGCUCACUCGUGAUCAGUCUGUCUCUUUCACACUACAGCAAAUAAUUUCCCUUCUGUUUUCUUCCGUACUGUUUUCAUAUACCGCUCCCCUAACCAAUUUAGUGACGAAACGGCCUCACCUUAGGAUAUACUUCUAUGCGCCUUGAAUCAGCCUUAACUGAGUGACAAUAUCGUUAGAGGAAGUCAUCAUAGCUUUACAAAAUGUUGUUCAAUUUGGCGAGGAAUACAAACUCUGUUAUCAGACUUCUCAGUAUUAAUAAAAGUUUCACCCAAAGUUUCACUGCUACGCAUCGGCAGUACUCUGCACAGGAUCCAAUCAGGGGACGUGAACUGCAGCUAUCUUACCUCACCGAUGAUGACAAGCAAGGUAUUGCCAUUGUGGGCCUCAAUCGGCCAAAGGCCCGAAAUUCUUUCAGCAAAUCCCUGGUUCGCGAACUGCUAGAUGCGAUCGAUGUGUUGACCCACGAUAAGAAUGUACGCGUAGUGAUUUUGCGCAGCUUGGUGCCGGAUAUCUUCUGUGCUGGGGCUGAUUUGAAGGAACGUGCCACAAUGACGCCCCAAGACGUGGGCCGGUUUGUGGCAAAGUUGCGGCAGAUGAUGAGCAAUAUCGAACAGAUCCCGGCCCCUGUGAUUGCCGCAAUUGAUGGGCCAGCUCUAGGGGGAGGGUUGGAAAUGGCACUCGCUUGCGAUAUGAGAAUUGUUGCGAGCAGUAUCAAAUUGGGGCUGGUUGAAACUAAGCUUGGAAUCAUACCAGGAGCAGGAGGAACUCAGCGAUUGCCAAGAAUUCUGAACCCGGCCGUGGCUAAGGAAUUGAUUUUCACAGCUCGACAGAUAACUGGAGAGGAAGCUAAGUCCCUGGGGAUAGCAAAUUAUGCCGUGCAGCAGAAUAAACUCGGAGAUGCCGCUUUCCAAAAAGCCUUAGAACUAGCGGGGGAAAUUGUGCCAAAUGGCCCAGUGGGUGUUCGAAUGGCUAAGAAAGCGAUUGAUAGAGGUUUACAGGUAGAUUUAGCAACUGGAUGUGCCAUUGAAGAAGCCUGUUAUGCUCAAGUUAUUCCUACGAGAGAUCGUAUGGAAGGUUUGAAAGCUUUUGCCGAAAAACGUAAGCCAAAAUUUAUUGGCGAGUAGGGAUUCUAGAACUAGAUCGAUACAAGCAGUGAUAUAAAGUGCAUUUACGUGUUGAACGAUAAUCUAGCUCAAAGCUCAUUUCAAGAGAAUUUAUUGAUUAGUACUAUGGUUACAGUUUUUUUAAAUAAAGGCUUGAAAAGCUAUAUUUCCUUAA